CUCCAUCAGGGUAAGACGCGGGGCUGGUAGAAAGCAGGAUGUGGUUCAGCGAUGCAAAGGGAAGCAUGCUGGUCACACACAGCCUGAUGUGUUUCCAGUAACUGUAUUUUUUUAUUAUUAUUAUUAUUAUUGUUUUUGUUUUUGUUCAUGCUUGGACGGUAGACGCAGGGAGUUAGAGGCUCGGCAGUAGCUUACAGGUUGUGGUGCUGAAGUUGACAGAGCAGCAGCGACUAGCAGGAGAGCAAGGAGCACUGAGUGCUGCUGGCAUGUUGCUCCUACCCUGCUGGGGGGACUCUCUAGUUGGCCUGGACCAUGAGCAAUGAGUCUACCGUCUGGAACAUACCAGAAAACUCCACAGAGAUCCCGUUCGUGGCCGAGGAGCAGCAGGAUGGCUCCGUGCUCCUCCCGGUGAUCCUCUCCGUCUUCCUGGUGGGAACCGUGAUCUCCAUCUCCGUCUUCCUCCUCGCCUUCCGUCGCUGCUGUCGAGGAGGGCCGUGGUGUGCCAGGGCCAGCGAUGACCCCGAGAAAACCAACACCACCUACGUGGAGGAGUGUCAGCCCACCCAUGAAAUCACCAUCAGGGUGGACGAUUCCGACUGCCUGUCAAUGGCCAGCGCCCACAACCAGGAGACGGAGCGCUUCCUCUCCACGGGCACCAUGGGCCGCCGCGUCUCCUUCAACGAGGCCGCGCUCUUCGAUAACAGCAAGAAGGCGCAGGAGAAGGGCCGCAGGUACACUCUGACCGAGGGCGACUUUCACCACCUGAAGAACGCCCGGCUCACACACCUCCACAUGCCUCCCCCGGGCCUCAAGAUAGUCACCAUCCAUGAGUGCGACUCGGCUGAGAACAGCGUCGCCAUGACGACGCGCCCUGUCGCCAAGUCGACACUUUCCAUCUUCCAGCCGAUGCUGUGCCCUCUGCCACAAACAGCGCUGACCAGCCUGAGUGUCAAUCCCGGCUGUGCCCUCCCUGGAGACGCCCUCAACUCGGUGGUGGACACCAGCUUCAGUGAGAACACUGCUGCUCUCGGAGUUAAAGAGCCCAUCUCCAGCUCCAUCGAGAUGAUGGGCGCGUGGCCCCAGGGCAGCGGUGUCGGAGAAGGGGCCCCUCAUGCCGGCGGUGGCGGCGCGGGAAGCCAGGGGCCCGUGCUGCAGUUCUUCACUAAACUGCGGCGCCACGCUAGCCUGGAGGGGUCCAGCCCCUACUUCAAGAUCAAGAAGUGGAAGCUGGACAGCAGCCAGAGAGCCUCCAGUCUGGACACCCGAGGCUCUCCAAAGCGGAGGCAGUUCCAGCGGCAGCGAGCCGCCAGCGAGAGCAUGGACCAGGACGACAACGACGCGCACCACAUAGACCUCAUCCAGUACUUCGCCCGCACCCGGGACCUCGCCUACGGUCCCGGCCACCCGGCGACACGCCUCCUCUCGCCUCCUUCCACGCCGCCCCCCUCCCUCGGCAGGGUAGAGGUAGAGGUGAUGGUGGAGCCCAGCUGCAGCCAUGGAGGGCCAGGGGUAAUUGGCCUGUCCCCUGAUCCCCAAGACGAAGCACUGUCCCUGGCAAGAAGGGAAGUUGCAGACCCCCCAGAUCCCCAGGACCCCCAGUCCCUUUACAAAGACAUAUGGAGCCUUCGCGCGACACUGGAACAAUACGCCGCCUCCGACCAGAGCAGCAACAACGACCGGAACUCCGUCUGCAGUGACGCUGAAAGUGUGUGUUCGCUGGGCGGGCGCACGGAGACGGGAGGAGGAGGAGGGCCGCCCAGCUACCAGUCCCAGGAUUUAGGGGACGAGGGUGGAGAGGACGACAAGGACAUUUCGAUGUAUUUGGACGAGAGGUCGGGGGUGACGGAGGGAAGAAAGAGGAAACAGAAAAGCACAGACUCGGAGCGAGGGGCCAGCGACGGAGAAACGGGGACUCGUAAAUUGCUGCAGAUGGACAGCGGCUACGCGUCGAUAGAGGCUCCGUGUCGCGGGCCGGAAGACCUGCGACUGUUUGGGAGCGUUGGCGGCAGCCCGAAGGACAGGACUGCCCACGAGAAGCGGCACUACUUUACCAACGCGGGGCGCAGCGGCACCGUCGGCGAGAGCUUUGAGUCUCAUCUCUUUGAGGAGGAGCUGGAGGACGAGUUGCUGCUGGGCGCCAGCGGAGGGGUUUCCAUAGAAACGGGUGCCGGUUCACUGAGCUGGGUCCCGUACGGUGAGACGCUCGCACCCCGAGAGGCCGCGCGGCCUUCCCCUCAACCGCCGGACCUGCACCGGCGAGACUACAGCAUCGACGAGAAGACGGACGCCCUCUUCCACGAGUUUCUCCGCCACGACCCUCAGUUCGACCAGCAGGAGUCGCCGCUGAGGAAGCACCGGUCCCGGAUCCACCUCCGCAAGCAGUGGCAGCGCCACAAGCAGUGGAGCGACCCGGGCGUCAGACACUUCCAGACCUCUUUCGACCGACUCCGGGCCCCGCUCAGGAGAGGCGACAGCGUGAACUACCCGUUGGACACGAGCUACCACAGCACGCUCCCCCGCAUCGUCAGCGCUCCCGACGAGGAGACCAGCGAGGGGGCCGGCAGCGCUCCCGACGCUCCAAAGCGCGUCGCCACCGAGACUCGGGGCAAGGACAGGGAGCGGGUCAGAGACGCGGAGGACGACGCCCCCUCUUCCCCGCCACCUCUGUGGCACUCCGGCGAGCCCGAAGACCCUCAGGAGGACAGCAGACAACACGCACUCCCACCCGAGCCCCCGGACGAGCGCUCGCCCCCUCAGCCGCCGGACUCCUCGGGCUACGGCCCGCAGACCAUCACAGCGGAGCUCACGGACAAACUGGCCGCUCACCUGGGGGACAGGCUGUACGCGGGCCUCCGCAGGACCAAGGACUCGGCCGCCGAGUGCGUGACGGUGGCGGCCGCGCGUGCUUCUCCGGACCACAGCCCAGUGUAGCAGGGCUCCAGGCGUCCUCCUCCUCCUCGUCAUCCUGCCGAUGCACACUUUUCCUUUUCUUUUUCCGUUCGAUUCGUCCCGCCUCCGUUUUUCGCCGUCUCUCCGCGCGCAGCUCGAAUGGCGUGCUGGAUGGGAAGCGUGCUUUAAAUCACCUGACGUACAGAUGAUCCACUAGAAAUGCAGCCGGCGGCGACUCGUGCCAUCACGAAGCUGUGAUGCAAGAUAACAGACAAACAGAGCUAACAUAACAAAUAUCAUAAGCUUUCAGUAAUCACUGUUUCCUCAUUAAUUGGGUCUGAAGUCUAUGUCCAUCUCUGGCUUCUUGUCUCUGCUCUCCAGUUUGAAUGACUGAAACCAAUAUGGCGUCAGAGCGUGUGGAUCCACUGUGAAACCAGGUGCUAUCAGAUGAGUGGAAAGCUACAGAUCUGGACGCAUAAGUGGGAAAUAAGUAGUUUUAUCACUAUGUAUGAGCUACAAAAUGAUCUAAAAUAUCUGAAUACUCAAUCAAAGGCAAAUUUGAAGGGACUUUUCACCCCAAAAAUGAAAACUACCUCUCACCUGUAGCGCUGUUCAUCAUCUAGAUGGUUUAGUCGCCGAGUGUCGGAAAAACUUUUAAGAGGAAGUGGACGAUAGGCUCGCGUUUGUAGAUUAUGGCGAUGUGGAUUUUUGGGUGAACUGUCCCUUUUUAAAAGGUUGUUUAGAUCAGUAGUUCCCAACCUGUGAGAAGUCAGAGAGGAUUAAAGUGAUUUAUGUUUCUAUUACAAACAGUUAUGUCUGGUUUUGUCCUCAGCGAUCAGUUACGGUCUCCGUAGAGCUGCGUCAAUCUCAUCCACGCUUGUUGCCAAUUUUGUGCCAAUUUUUUCCGACUUUUUCCCGAAUGUAACUCGCUCCGUUGGGAAGAUGGCGUCGCAAAGCUCUGAUUGGUGGAAUGUUUUUCGUGGUCCGGAAAUGAUAUAAAAAACAAAUGUCGUCUUUCUUUUGUUCCCAUCCACCAAUGUUUUAUAAUUCAACGCAUGAAUAUUAUUAGAUGUUUUAGAGUCAUUAAAUAAUUAUUAUUAUUAAAUUUCUGCGCUAUAAUUGGUCCACUGAUCCUAAUUUUGACAAUAAAACCUUCAAACUUUGCACGAUAUUGCGUGCGUUCAGCUUCUAAAUGGCUUCGAUACGGCUAUUCGAUGCUUUUUGAUUUUUUUUCCUGUAACUCCAUUAUCGAAAAUCAAAGUUGACUUCAUUUAAGUUAAUUUAUUUGAGUAAUUUCACUACUUGUGAUGUGUCAUGAGUAUUUGCACACAGCACAGCACCUGCCCUGAUAUAGUGUCACAGGGGUUCCUGUGCUAAUAAUAAACAUCUUAUUUUUGUCUCUUAAAUGGAAGAGAAUGUUGCUGCAUGAGUAUAGAGAGUAUUUUUGUAGGCCAACCCCGAAUGUUAGCAUCGCCACUGGGAUUUUUCCCAUUGUUUUUUUUAGAUUAUUGCAGAAAAUAAGCUACAUUGCAAACACAACUUUAUGAUACAAACACCUUGUUUUUUGUAGCUGAGAUAAUCUCCAGAAAUGCACGCCACUUUUAUAAUGUGUGAGUGCAACGCUAUGAACACGAACUAACACACGCUGUCCACGUUAGCCACUUGUUAGCAACCGCUAACGUUUCCAGAGAGCGACACAAACUGACGCGUUUAUGUCGUAGGACAAAACGUUUUAAAUCUCGUACGCUUGUGUGUCAACCGUCCUCAUUUCAGGCAUCUGACAAAAUAAAACCAGGACUUUUUAAAGGGGCCACAAGCCAAAAAAAAAGAAGGUUGGGAACCACUGGUUGAGAGAGUUGGGACAUGAAUAACGCAGUUAGCAAAGGGUUUUGAAAAGGAAGAUAUCCUCAUCGUGAGUCCGACAGCUCGCGAUGCUUGUUGUUUUGUUGUUGUUUCUUUUGACUGAAAAAUGCUAUGUGACAACUGUGUUUAUUUUUUAAUUCGUGUGCGUCUCCGCAUUGCUUAAAUGACAAUGAAAACUGAGAGUGUGGCAGGUUUUUUGAAGCGGACCGGUUCAGAACCAAUAGACCCCGGGGCGGCCACUCAUGGCAUCACGACUCUUCACAAGUCACGCUAACCUCCAUAAACUACGACUCUUUGCACUCUGGGCAUCACUGGCAUCGACCUCUGACCCCCCAACCCCCCCCCCCCCCCAGAACAAACUUGUUUACGCGCCGUGAGGUGGGCAGCAGCGCCUUGAAAAGCUCUGAGAUGGCUGUGGGUGUUUAUUGAAUUUACAAGGAGAGGCAUGCUUUCUUGUGCAUGAUGCCUCUGAGAACAGGCUGUAUUUGUCCCCCUUCCUCCCACCUCUUAUUAUUAUCAUUAUUAUUCUGUGCCUCUCAUUCGGCUUCAUUUAAAAAGAAAGCGAGAGCAGCAGGUUGACGGUAACCCGGUCACGCUCGUGUCCUUCUCAGAGGCGCCGCUGGGCUUCCCGUCUCUCUCCCGCGCAGCACAGCGAGGGGAAGCCGCCGCAACGAGAUGGUGUUGAAUAUGAAUCGUGAGGAGAAGGAGUUCCCCCCCUUUCAUCCCUUCGCCUCCCUGUCUUUGUUCUUCUGAGGCUAUUACCAAAUCACCAAAUAGAAAAUCAAGGAGUGGGGGUGGGGGGGGGGGGGUUGAAACACCUUAUUCUCCUCUCUUUGCUUGUGUGUGAUGCUGCUGCUGAUGCUGCUGAUUACGAUGAUGCUCCUUUUCAAGUUUACCCAGAUUAGAUCUCUCUCCGACCGCGUGACAGGAGUCUCCUCUUGUGGAUAAGUGCAGAUGCCGCGUUCCCCAUUAGGAGAACUCCUCCAAAAAAAAAAGGGCGCAGAGAGCGAAGCGUUAUAUAAAUAUAUAUAUAUAUAUAUAUAUAUAUAUA